AUGCGAGAUAUUACACGUCGAGAUGAUCCAGAUAGCUUAGGAAGCCGCGAUAUCAAUCGCGGAUAUGACUGGAGCCCCUAUAUUAGGAAGUACGUUGUUGAAAACGACUAUUGGAAGCAGCUUAAGGCGCAGUAUCUGGUCGAGAUGAGGAGUGAUGUACUAUCGACACCAGACGAGCUGAACACACAGCAGCGUCUUCUAUAUGAUACAGUGACUAACCACUAUAUAAGCUUCCUGAAUGGCUUUCAACCUUCCCAGUUGCUUAUAAACCUUGACGGAAAAGCUGGCACUGGAAAGUCGUUUCUGAUUAUGCUCCUCUCGAAGGAUCUACAAAAUAUGGCGCCAACUACGACUGGUGGAGAUCAACUAAAUCCAGUAAAGCGAGCUGCUCCGACUGGCGUGGCGGCAUAUGGUAUUAGUGGUCAGACUCUGCAUUCGAUGUUCAAGCUGCCAGUUGUGCUAGCAUCACAAUAUCAGCCACUAUCACCUGGCCAUUUAUUAUCGUUACAGUCCGAUUUUCGACACACUACAUAUCUUAUUAUCGACGAAAAAUCGAUGAUCGGUAUCCCUGCCCUGUUUUGGAUUGAUCAAAGAUGUAGAGAGAUCUUCAUGUGUGACAGUGAUAAACCAUUUAGUGGCUUAAACAUCAUUCUUGCUGGUGACUUUUAUCAACUACCACCUAUUAUGUCGAAGGCACUAUUUGACACACGUGAACUACCUACAAUUGAGAUGAUAGCUGGCCGACAGGCUUACCAUAGCUUCGAUAAGACAAUUGAAUUAACCACAAUCGUACGACAGCAAGGUGAUGCAACCUUCAUGUUCCGUCAGGCAUUAGAACACUUACGACUUCAUACUGUCACUAAGGAUGACUGGCUAUUAUUAUCGACUAGGGCACAGUCUGUCCUUACAGAUGAAGAGAUUCGACUGUUUGAUACUGCAAUUCGAAUAUAUGCUACCCAUGAUGCUGUCGAUGAGUAUAAUCUACGGCGUCUACGUGAGCUACGUUCACCGGUGAUCAGACUAGACGCUAUAAGUAUAGGCCAGGGCGCUAAGACUGCUUCUAGCGAUGAUGCUGGGAAUCUACUCGAGAUACUUAGUAUUUCAAUUGGCGCCAGGAUAAUGCUAACCGAAAAUCUUUGGACUGCAUUUAGGUUAGUAAAUGGUGCUUUUGGCACUAUUACUGAGAUUGUGUGGCCAGCUAGGACUACUGAUCCUAGGUCAACACAGCCUUUAGCUUUGAUGGUUCACUUUGACAGCUAUACUAGGCCAGCAUUCUUCACUGAUACUGAUAGGAGGAAGAUUGUUCCAAUUUUGCCAUCCCGGCGGGAGUUUACUCUUAACUCUAUAGCCUGCAGCCGUACACAAUUUUCUGUAGUACUUGCAUACGCGAUAACUGUUCAUAAAGCUCAGGGGAUAACUGUGCUACGGGCAGUCUUGAACAUCAAAAAGCAUGACUUCUGUCCAGGUCUGGCGUAUGUCGCCGUAUCCCGUGUUCGUUCAAUUGAAGGGAUAAUGUUCGAUGAGUCAUUUGACUUCGAACAGUUUUCGGUGCGGCACCAUUUGUCACUUGAAAUGCGCUUAGCUGAUGCCCUUCGCCGACGAGCCCAGCAUAUUAUUGGUAGUGUGCAUACUCCUCCUGUUACCCAUGCUUGGUCUACAUCAGAGGGAGUCCAGCGAUCUCCAGGAGCACUCAUCCGGUCACUCCAGCAGCAACGUAGUCAACGCCUCCAAGAUGACAUGGAUACAGACUCGGACUAG